AUGCCAGCUGCAGCUUCUGCCUGGGGCUGCAGGAGUCGCCACGGCGCCCCUGUUGAUGCUGAAGCUGUUGUGGUUGUCAUCGUGUCGCCGACGAUGCAGGGUUCGAAUCCCGUGCGUGAAGACAUGGGUGUGAUCGACAUGGGCCGUGGUCAGCACAGAGCAUGCAAGCGUUGUCACAGUGUUGGUGGGCAAGUCUUGACCUCGAACCGCAUUACGCCUCACCGUCAUCGGGCAGCCAAAUCUCCCAGCAAAUCCCGUGCUCUGUGCUGUACCAACAUGAUGGAGCAAGAUCCUCCCCAAAGAUUUAUUUUCCAUCGCGAGGGAGGCUUAAAAGGGCUCUAUGGCAACAGAGAAAGGCUGGACUCAGGUGAACUGAUCCCUGAGGAGGACUUCAUUGGCGAUGUGAAGACAAUUUACGUCGUUAUAGAUCCCCCUCGUGGCCCCAUCCACUAUCCCUCUGCACUGAAAGUCGACGUCAUUCAGUAUAAGUCUCGUCCUGGCGACCCGGAGUACCGAAACUGUACCAGAAAGAAUGGUGCGACUUUUGAGCAUUACAUCGGAAGCUAUACGAUCGCAGACCCAGGGGCCCUCGCAAGGCACAAUAUCCCCGAAUACCAGGAAGGCCUGGAGCGGCUCGUCGAGUACAUUUACGGAUGCAACUGGAAGACCGGGUCUGCUUUCAUUACCGGGGAAGAGACGCUGGGGAUAGAGCCCGUGCCUGAGGACGCGCAAAAGUUAGCGGGCAAACGCCCCUGCCCUCGAACCGUCACGGUAGAGAUGGAUUUUGAGGAGGACUCGCGCCUGCGGAUUCUAGCCGAUCUAUUUUGCAAAUUCUGGGCAAGCUUGCUCGAGGAUCGCCGCCUGGUGGCUGUACUUCUCAAGUACAUUAUAGCACUAGCAUUGAGAUGCACGGCAGAAACGGUACUGGAGGAUAGAAUGCGCCGCGCGUAUGAGAACAAUCAGGAAAUGAAACCACAGCCCGAGUGGGUUGACCCAAUCGAGAGAAGUACAAGAACAAUAAUCUUCAAUGCAGGACCGAAAACCAUUCCCAAGACCAUCACAAGAGCGGAAGCCAUUGCAGCAGUAGGCGAGUACGCUGUGACUGAGAUCGAAACAUGGGCAGACAAUGGAAGGAAAGAACAAGACCAAAGCAAGCAACACGACCAAGCCUUCUUCCCCAUCACCUUCCCAAAAGAGAUAUGGGGAGCACCUGAUUCGUAG